UGGCGUUUUGCGAGACGCCGCUCGCUCAUAAAACCGACCAACUGUCCAACGCCCCAGCACCUCAGCCCAUCGCAUUUUUCUGUUCACCAUGGCUGCAACACCGAGUUCGGCGUUGAUGUCCGACGUCGAGAUGCCUAGUUCGCCCUUCCAUGCCGAAAAAUCGUUCAUGACGGUCCACACUGAGGACGACGUCAGCAGGGCCGGCGUCGUCACGCCCGAGCCUUCUGGGAGGCAGCCUCGUGGGAAGAAGCGCGGUCGAGAUGACGGACAAGGGACCAACGGCACUACGAUCGGCAAGAUUCGGCAUCUCAAGAAAGAAGAUGGCGAGCCGCUCUGGAGAAAAGACAUCCAAUACGAUUUCCUCAAGGCUAUCUUCGACAACGAGGACAAAGUCUUUACCAACAGUUACGAAAAGGACCGGCUGGGCAAGCAGUGCUUCGCCGAUCUCUACAUCGAUACCAUGUCCCGGAGCAGCAAGACCAGCAAAGUCCUCCGCGAUAAGCUGCUGAGCGAUCGCGAUGCUGCCAAAGGGAUGGCAAUGGUCUGCCUCCUCGUCAACAUCGGUCGCAUGAACACAACGCUGAAUUUCUUCCCGGAGAUGCGAGCACAACUGCGCACCUACCACGCCAUCCCGUCGCUCCAGGCCCGCCAGGACCCGCACGCAUACAAACAGUUGCAAGAUGCGCCCAGGUUGAAGUCCAUUCUGAAGGGUGGGUGUGACGAUCGGCCUGAGCCGGCCAGUCUCGACGAGGUCAAGGCUCUCAACGUGCCACGGACCAACCCGGUCAAUCUCCUCUUCCUUAUCUGUCAUUCGGCAGCCAAGAUCGCCGAAUUGCAUUUCCCUCCUGGCUACGAGUUCUAUGAUCUCCUGAUGAAGACCAACUUCAGCAGCAAGAGCCGCGCACGCGCCUUCCUCUGGCUCAUGUGGUUCUACCUUGAGUCCGACUUUACAGAAGAAGGAUGCGAGGAGAACCCGUUUGGCCCCGGAGUGGACUACGGUGUCGACGUGGCCAACCAGGGCAUCCCCCGCCUGGAAUUCCUGACCGAGGAGGAGGAGGAACAGGAAAAUGUCGACACCCAAGAGGAGAUCGAGUUCGGAUACGCCAAGCAGAAAAUGCGUGCCAAGAUCAUCGAGGCCGACCAGCAGUUCAUGGCCGAGAGCCAGACAAAGAGGGGUGGCGGCCGAGGACGGGGCUUCCCCGCGGGCGACGAGAUUGGACCGACAACAGGAAUCCUCCCGCGCAUACGACCAUCGAAAAACGAGAGCGACCUUGAUAGUGUCAGGUCGACCCCGCCACCCCGCGCCUUUGGACGGCAGAGCGGCGUCUUCGGAAGCACUAGCCGCCGCGGACCCCACUCCCUUAAGUACCAGGUCUUCGACGGCUCCUCGCCCGGCGGCGACCGCGCGAUCGAGGGCAUCGUGCCGCGUAAGCCCCGGCCGCCGACAGCUCACCAGCUCGCCGUCGAACGCAACCGGUCUCAGCGCGUCGAGUACAUUCUCGAUCGGGGCAUGCGCCGCACCCACCACCGCGCUCGCAAGCUGCGCCGCGCCGAAGGGGCCAUCAUCCGCGCUCUUCCCCGGCUCGCCCAGAUGCAGAACCCCUUUGACGACAGUGAAGAGGAUGAAGCCGUCGUCCACGGGAACGGCAAGCACUCGUCCUCCGUCGCCAACGGAGAUGCCAAGCGCCUGCGCGAGAGGGGCUACGGCGGCCUCGCGCAGCUGAAGGACGAAGCCGACGACUUUGGCGAGCAGGUCAGCUCCUACGCGGCGGCCUUCCGCCGUGCCGAGCGCCGGCUUGCCCGCUGGGAGAGCCACAACGGUCCGCCCCUGGGUGUUAUCGCCCCCGUGAAGCGGCCCAGGAUGCGCAACGGCACUGGCCGUGGCGAUGAAGACGAUGGAGAGGGCGACGGUGAGGGCGAAGGCGAAGGCGAGGGCUCGCCGUCGAAGGAGCCGAUCGACCCGGCCGAGACGGAAGAUGAGACCGAGGUCAUGCUCCACGCGCGGCGCCUGCAGAGCAGCCAGCCUGCGCGCAGGGAGACCAACGGCGUGAGGCAUGUUGACACAAAUGAGGAUACGCCCAUGGAUGAUGCGGAUGAUCUGGAUGACGUGGACAGGGAGCUGCUUGGAUUAGGAGAUGGCGAUGGUGACGAGGUUGAAGGUGAAGGUGAGAAUGAGGGAGAGGGCGACGGCGAAGGGGAGGAUGAGUUGGACGAAGUGGACAAGACGUUGCUCGGUAUGGACGGUGACUCGGAUUCGGAGUAGAUGUGGCUUUCGCGGACGCUUUGACUGGCGUCUUUAGGGCGGAGAGGCGGUGACGGCGCAAGGAGACGAUGCGCUAUAUUUGUUAUGUGGUACCUCAUAUUAGACGGUAGGCAUAUCACGGUUCGUACUGUAUUGCUAAAGAUGGGCUCAGGGAUUUUAUCGGCGGAGGAACGGAGUUGGGAAAUGCCAUGAGGUCUCGGCAUCGGAUGGGAUUCUGCACUGGUACUCAUUUAACUGGCUUCCACGGGUUGCUCAAUCGAGGAAUAAUACACAGCGGGAUCUGAGUUUGUUGCCAGUGAUGAUCUGGAUGCAUAAGGUACACCGGCUUGUACGGUAUCCAAUAAACCUCAGGUCAAGGUGACUC